AUGAGUGCCGAGCCCACGAUGCCAGCGCCCGUCACCACGGUCCUUCCGACCGCCGACAAGCCCAACUCCACCCUCGCCGCCGGGCAAUCAAACGGCACGGGACAGUCAUCUGAGACAGACUCGAAGCAAAAACAAUCAUUACUCGGCGUGCCCCAGGCGAACGACGAGCAAACACCCACCGGCACGGGACUGAGUGGCGCUACUGCGGCAGACGCCGAGAGCAUUGGUCGUGGAUCGAAGCACUCCAAGCGCAGCUUCAUGGGCAAGCGCCGCGCCGGAAGCACCGCCAGCAGCAGGCGUCGCGCUGCCACAUCAGAGAAGGCCGCCCAGCCACCUGCGACGCCGGCUUCUGCACAGCGCGAAGGCUCGACAAGAAGCAAGUCCAAGCGAUCUGGAGGCGGUCUGCUUGCCUGCCUGCCAUGUUUUGCGCCCAAAGAGCACCGGGAGACAGGCGAUAACACCCCUCCAGAGAACGCCAAGCAGGCCGCCCCCGUCAAAACCAGCCGAACGUCGCAAUCAACACCGGUGAAGAAGCAGGACCCAAGCGCUGCCGAGUCGAGCAAUGCAGAGUUUAGCGUUCCUCUUGAUGAAAAGCCAGGAAAUGGCGAUUACUCGAGCGGUGUCGCCGAUAAGCCCACUGUAGGUGAUGGCACAGUCGAGCGACGGUCCCAUGAGACCCGUCCCCAGAUAGUGACAAGAAGCUCGUCUAAACGACAGCAGGCAGAGCAAACCUCGCAGUCCCAGCCAGGCACGCUGCAGCCAGUUCCCGUUGAUAUCCAUGUCACACAGCCAACGCCCGGCACCACCCCAGUCCAUCCUCGUCCGUCCGUCGAGCAGUCGCGCAUAAUAGAAGACCAGACCGAAGAGCAGAAACAGCUCGACUCCGACAUUGAGAUGAAGGAUGUGCCAUUAUCGACAAACGACGUUCACCAGGAGGGUGAGGACCCAGCCACCCAGGCAGAUCCCGAUCACCACAAGGUCGAUCUCCCGCCACCUCCGCCCCUGGAGCAAAGGCAGGAUGUUGUACAGAAACAAACUUCAGAGAUGUCGGAAGCAUCGGAGCCACAGAAGUACCUCCUCGGCCCCAUUGCGCCGCGGUUCAAGGGCAAGAAGUGCUUGGUGCUUGAUCUCGAUGAGACAUUAGUCCACAGUAGCUUCAAGGCCGACUUCACCAUCCCAGUCGAGAUCGAAGGCCAGUACCACAAUGUGUAUGUCAUUAAGCGGCCCGGCGUUGAUCAGUUCAUGAAGCGUGUCGGCGAGCUGUAUGAAGUCGUUGUCUUCACCGCCUCCGUCUCUAAGUACGGCGAUCCUCUCCUCGAUCAACUUGACAUCCACGGUGUCGUUCACCACAGGCUCUUCCGCGAAAGCUGUUACAACCACCAAGGAAACUAUGUCAAGGACCUUUCACAAAUCGGACGCGACCUCAAGGACACGAUCAUUAUCGACAACUCCCCCACGUCAUACAUAUUCCACCCACAGCACGCGGUGCCGAUCAGCAGUUGGUUCUCGGAUGCGCACGACAACGAGCUUCUUGACUUAAUACCUGUACUUGAGGAUCUCGCUGGCAGCCAAGUCAGCGAUGUCAGUCUUGUGCUGGAUGUUGCGCUAUGAGUUGAGCUCGGAUGAUGAGAAAAGCAAUCUCUGCGUAUACCCUGUUUGCUGCGCCGAUAUAUCUUAAUUCCUGGCCGUGCGCUCCAUGUAGGAGAGACAGCAGACCGUUGUUUUUGUAAUCAAAGCUUUGUAAUUUGCAUGAAGAGGCGGAUCAUACAGGGAUAUCAUGGUGGAGAAUUCAAGCGCUCCCACACGCCCUGUCCAACCCUGAGGCACAACGAGGUCGGCGUUCCGGUCACUCCCACCCGCACACGAAAGAAAAGUUGUAAUAUUGGCAUCUACCCACACAUACCCCAUCCAUACUUUUCUAGUCCACGCGCCGAGGCGCACUAUCAAUAACCUGUUUUCCUUUGUAACACGCGAUUUCAAGUUAA